AUGGCUAUGUUUUGGUGUGCCUUCAACCUUUUGUUUAAAGGUGUCAAGAACAUAGAGAGAAAAAGAAUCGGAAGGAAAAACUUUCGAAAAAAAAAGAAGCUGAAUAGGAAGAAUAUGAGGAAUGAAGCUGAAGUAAUUUGCAUAAAAGGCAUCGAACAUGAUCAUGAAAGAUGUGGUUGCCUCCACACUGCUCUCCACUGGUUUGUUUGCCACUACAUUCACAAGCUGAGGUGGCAACCCGAUUCAGACACUUUUGAGGUUGAUAUGAUGACUUGGCUUGCCACAUUUACCCCAAAGACACUGAAAUUCUCAGACAUACGUUAUCGAGACACAUAA